AUUCGGCGGUUGGGAACAGCCAAACCAGUCUUCGACUUGGUCAAAACUUAAAUUGGACCCAAAAAGCAAAAUAGCUUACGAAACUCCACCUGAAAACAGAGCUCUGAAAUCGAAACAACAACCAAUUCAAUGGAGAUGAAUAGUGAAUUAUCGGACCCAUUUCCUUUCGGGUCGGACUCGACUGGGAACCACAAGCCGGAGAUGUCGAGUUCUACCGAUUCAGGUGCUGGCGGGCGGAGAGGUUCUCACUCUGACGAGGAAGUUCUGCUGGCAACGAGCAGGCCGAAGAAACGUGCAGGGCGGAAGGUGUUCAAGGAAACUCGGCAUCCAGUUUUCAGGGGCGUCCGGAAGAGGAAUAAAGGCAAAUGGGUUUGCGAAUUGAGGGAGCCUAAGAAAAAGACUCGCAUUUGGCUCGGAACCUAUCCUAGUCCGGAGAUGGCUGCUCGGGCUCACGACGUGGCUGCAUUGGCAUUCAGGGGAAAGGGUGCCUGUCUUAAUUUUGCCGACUCUGCAUGGAGGUUGCCGGUUCCACCUUCUAAGUCAGCUGUGGAUAUCAGGAGAGCUGCAGCAGAGGCGGCGGAAAUGUUUAGGCCUGAAGAGUUCGAAGCAGUACACGGCGCCAGUGAUUCCACGCAGGAAAGUGGUAAGGUUUGUGACGGUGAAGUUUCCAGCUACGACCAUAAUGCAGAAAACAACGAAAGUUUAGAUGAAAAUAUGGUUUCGCCAGAAUUCAUUGAUGAAGAGGCGAUUUUCGACAUGCCAGGUUUGCUUGCUAACAUGGCUGAAGGGCUUUUGCUCACUCCACCUCGUUCUGAUUCUAUGGAGCCUGAUGAAACUGAAAUUGAUGGGUCAUUAUGGAGUCAUACAUUCUGAUGUCACGAUCCUGAAAAAAAAGGAAAUUAGUAAUUCAUUUUGAUGCACUUAAAAAUUAGAAUAGUGCGAAAGUUAAUUCAUAUUGGAGUCUGGGAUAGGUGACAUUCAUUCUUUUUUUGUUAUAGGUUAAUUAACCUACUCUGUUUUUGCCUUUUGAUUUCCUCUCUGUUUGUUAUACAAAUGUAAAAUUUUUUUGAACAACGUUAUGCAAAUGUGCAAUAAUUCAAUAUAAUUGUGGAUUCACU